AUGAAGAUUGCUCUCGCUGGUGCUGGUCAAGUUGGCCUUUGCCUCGCCACCGAAUUUUGCAAGUCCGAGGACGAAGUCGUUGUUCUGACCAGUUCAUUUAAACCAAGCCUCGACGACCUGAAAGCCGAGAUCCGUCUCACCGAUUACUCCGUCGAAGAUCUGAGGAGGAAGCUUGAUGACUGCGACGCGGUUGUCUCAACUCUCAGCGGCCCUAACGAUUUUUAUGUUUCCGCGCACUCCAAUAUCCUUGAGGCAUGCAGUCAAUCGCGCAGGUGCAAACACUUCAUCCCAUCCGAAUGGAACAUCAACCUUGACGAUUUCCCGGAUCAGCCAAUGUUUAGUGCCGCCACACACGAGGUUGUUCGCAACAAACUACGAUCACAAAACGACGUCAAAUGGACGAUGAUUUGUCACGGCUGGUUUAUGGAAUAUAUCUUGCCCGGGGACAAGAACCCGCUUCGCGAAAUCGGACUUGCAUGGGCGAUGAACCAUAGUGCGAAGGUGUUCGACAUGUACGCUGAUGGCUCGCAGAAGGUCACUUUGACAUCCACCGCAGACACAGCACGGGCGGUGCUGGCCAUAUUACGGAACAGCAUCAAUUACGGCGCUGAUUUAUCACCAAUCACUCUCCUGGCUGGGCAGACAUUGACCUACAGGGAGCUUUUCCAAUUGUUCAGAUCACGCGACUCUUCGUGGAAGUCCAACCCGGUGACCUUUUCGGAGGUUCUUGGGAACAUUAUCGAAGGCCUCAAGGCGAAUGACCCUUGGGUGGCCGUCCACCAAAUGAGGAUACUUGGGUUUACGAAUGCAAACCACAAUCCCAAGGGGAAGGCUUUGGAAUGGGGCACUGGUGUCCUCCAAGGGUUGCGCGCCACUACUGUUGAGGAGUUCCUGGACCAGGCCGGAGCCGGCAAAAGCAAGUGA